GUAACCUUAAUCUAAUGAUAUUUUAUAUUUUUAAAUUAUUUUAGCCUAAGCGAUUAAAACUAGAUUUAUUAUGGAAGUUUCUGGUAGGAAGGCUACGGAAGACGAAGAAGAAACUAAUAGAGAAUUCAAUGAACUUUGUGAACCGUGCAAGGAUGAACAAGUUGAGACAAGUGCGAAUGGUAUAUGUCAGGAAUGUAAGGAGUAUAUGUGCAACAGGUGUUUUCGGCAUCAUCUUAAAGCAAGGCUUUAUAGGAAGCAUGUCUUGGUCGUAAACCCUGCUUCGAUGCCGUUGCAGGACACCGACGUUAGUGUUGAGAAAUGUAAACAACACGUGAAUGAAACAAUUAAAUACUACUGUCGUAAGCAUGAAAUUGUAGGUUGUGGCGACUGUAUGAUUCCAGAACAUGGUAGUUGUAAACCAGAAUAUAUAAAGGACGUAUCAAAGAAUUUCCAAGAAAAUGAAGAAUUCAAAACCUUAAUAAAGAAGCUUGAUAAAAUGUCAUCUACAAACAAAGAAAGUGAAAAAAACCAUCAGAGAUAAUCAAAGAAAAACUAGAUUGAUGCAUGAAAAGGCACUAAAAGAAAUAGGAAAAUUUAGAAAAGACAUUAAUGUGUAUUUGAACAAGGCUGAAAACGAUGCAAUAUCUGAACUAAAUCAUUCGAAGUCUGAAAAUGAAAAACGGCUGCACAAGCUGAUGGAAGACUGCGAGGGAAUUUCAGCCAAAAUCAAGGAUUUGAAACAGAAGUUGGACAGUCGAGUCUGUCAAGGCAGCGAAUUAUUCAUUUGUGCAGUAAAAUGCAAAUCAGGUGCUCGCGACAUUGAACAUGCAGUUGCUCAGCUUCAGUCCGAUCAGAAACUAAAAACGUUCACGUUUGUUCCAGAUGAACAGCUGCUUAAAACAGUUGCUUCGGAAAGAAAACUUGGUUGUUUAGAUGUUCCUGCUAUUGAUAACACAACGCUAACGUCAAACACAAGGAGUGGAAAGCCAGCCAAUCAGAAAAACAAAAGCAAACAGGCCGUCGAGAAGAAAUAUGUUUCAGAUCAGAGGUCAGAUGCUCAAUUAGUCGGAGCACAUUCAAGUUCAAGCCGUACCGAUUCGUAUCCGCCUGCAAGUGAAGUGCUGGCACCAUACAAUAGAACUCGCAGCAAAGACCCCGAUGCUGAUAUCAGGGACAAAGUCAAAAAGCGAAGUGAGUUGAGACGUUAUUUCCAAGACAAGGCUGAAAUAGUAGAUGAGACGGAAGUUAUCCAUAUCCUUGAGGAUUUCUUGGACACGUCAGAUCAGAUCAGGUUAAACACUUACAUCGAUUAUGUUGUAGAUCAGGAUGAAACACUUACAUUGAUUUUGUUGAAGAUCAGGGUGAAUGCCGCGAAGCUGGAAAAAGGAAAAAUAGAACACAGUGGUGGUAGUUUGACUAUAUUGGCGACUUUGAGACCACUAAAUUGA